CCAUAAUAAAAGAAUCACAUUUAAACCAAACCUGUUAAACUGAAGAUGAAAUGACAAUCAUAGAAUCACUUCUAUAUACUUUACUUUGCCCAGAAGCUUUGUGAUAAAUUUAAUUGGAAUAAUAAAUUUUCAUAAGUUUGAUUAAAAAAAAAAAAAAAAGUUUCCUUCUCCAAAAACAAAACAUAAUUAUUCUAAGAUAAAAUUCUGUAGACAAUAAAUACUAUAGAUAAAUAAAAAGAAUUUUCCUUAUCCAAAAACACAAUUAUUAAGAUUCAUUCCUAAGCUAAUACCAUAACUAAGCUCCAAGAUUUCAAUGUUUUUGCUGUGCUCCAUAUCCCCAUCACCAAGCAUGGCCAAACCCUACAUCUGUCCCCCCCAAGGUAACAGCCAAACUCUCUCUCUCUCUAUAUCUCUUUCUCUCUCUAACUCGGUUUAUUAUAUCUGUGACUGACUUCACAUUUUCUCUUUAUGGCAGCUUUUUCUUGAAAAGCUAAAUCACUGUUUGGAGGCCCUAACUGAGCAUCCAAGAAGAAAACGAAGGCUCUGUGACAUGAGUGCCGCGUCGUCGUCGCUGGCGGCAGCCGGGGCGGAGUCCCGGCCGCCGUUCACGGCGGCGCAGUGGAAGGAGCUGGAGCAUCAGGCCCUCAUAUACAAGUACUUGAUGGCGGGACUGCCUGUGCCGCCUGACCUCGUCGUCCCGAUUCGGAGGAGCUUUGACUCCAUCUCACCUAGGUUCUUACACCACCCAAGCUUGGCCUACAGUUCCUAUUAUGGGAAGAAAUUCGACCCAGAGCCGGGUAGGUGCAGGAGGACGGAUGGAAAGAAGUGGAGGUGCUCCAAAGCUGCAUAUCCGGACUCCAAAUACUGUGAGCGGCACAUGAAUCGAGGCCGCAACCGUUCAAGAAAGCCUGUGGAAUCUCAAUCUACCUCUCAUUCCUCGUCAGCUGUGAUAUCACAUGUUACUACUGGGAACAGUGGUGGCUGUGGAAGCUUCCAAAACUUUCCAUUGCACUCUGUUAUUAAUGCUGCUGAGGGUCCGUUAUAUGGUAGCAAUGUGUCAACUUUGCAGAUGGAGCUUGCCCCUCAUGGGAUCAGUGAUAAAGAGUACAGCAGGUAUGUCCAUGGAUUGAAAGCAGAUGAACAUAAGUUUUCUGCAGAAGCUUCUGGAAGUGGGAGGGGUAUCAAAGUAGACUUUGAUGUAGACAAUACGUGGCGUCUCAUGCCAUCUCAAGUUGGUGUAAACUCCUUUCUGAAACCAAGUUAUGGCACUCAAUUGCAAAGCGACUCCCUACAAUUACGCACACCGCAAAACUUGGAGCCAAUGAUCAAUGCUACAUUAUCAAAGCAAGGGCAGCAGCAACAUUGCUUUUUUGGCAGCAAGCUUGGCUCACCAGGGCCUGUGCAACAGGAGCAUCAUCCUAUGCGACCUUUCUUUGAUGAGUGGCCUAAUACUGGAGAGUCAUGGUCUGGUUUUGAUGAUCAGAGAUCCAAUAAGAAUGCAUUCACCACUCAGCUAUCAAUCUCUGUUCCAGCAGUUUCCUCUGAAUUUUAUUCCAGGGGUGCUUGUUCCCCAAAAGAUACUUGAGGAAGCUGGCUAUAGUAGUACUCCUGGCAUGUGGUGUUCGUUCUUAAUUUAUCAACUUCUGUACCUUUUAUGUUAUCCAACUCUGAACUAACCAGCAUGGUUUCUGUUGUUGUAACAUUAUCUAGCGGCAAAGUAGUUAAGUUGUACGGCAACGAUGGCCUAAAUUCUCUAUCUACACCUUAUGUGGUCUUUAUUUGAACUUUCCGGAAAAUAAUGAUAUUAUGCUAUGUGAUGAUUGAUGAAUUGUACUAUAAUAUCUUCUU